UGCCCGCUCUGGGCCGGGGGCUCGCGGCGCUUCCCUCUGGCUGCGUCCCCGCCGCCGCCGCGGGCGGGAGGCGGCCGGGGGGGAGCGCUGCCUCGGAGGAUUUACCGCCGCCCGGGGCCGGGCCCCGCGCCGCCCCGCCGGGGCUCGCCGCCAUGGACGAGAAGUACCUGCCCGAGCUGAUGGCGGAGAAGGACUCGCUCGACCCGUCCUUCACCCACGCGCUGCGCCUCGUCAGCCAAGAAAUUGAAAAAUUCCAAAAAGGGGAAGGGAAGGAGGAAGAAAAGUAUAUUGAUGUAGUCAUCAAUAAAAAUAUGAAGUUGGGACAGAAAGUUUUGAUUCCAGUAAAACAGUUCCCUAAGUUCAACUUUGUGGGAAAACUUCUGGGUCCACGUGGCAAUUCUCUAAAGCGCUUACAGGAAGAGACACUGACCAAAAUGUCUAUUUUGGGAAAAGGUUCUAUGAGGGACAAAACAAAGGAAGAAGAGUUGAGAAAAAGUGGUGAGGCAAAAUACUUCCACCUAAAUGAUGACCUGCAUGUUUUAAUUGAAGUCUUUGCACCACCAGCAGAAGCAUAUGCCAGAAUGGGACAUGCAUUGGAAGAAAUCAAGAAGUUUCUCAUUCCUGACUACAAUGAUGAAAUCAGACAGGCACAGCUUCAAGAAUUAACAUAUUUGAAUGGAGGUUCUGAAAAUGCAGAGGUUCCAGUUGUUCGAGGAAAACCAUCUAUUCGAGCAAGAGGAGUACCAGUUCCUGCUUUGUCCAGCAGGCUGUGUCUGGGAAGCUCACUGCUCACCCCUGCCCCCACUACAAUGAAGUCAAAUAAGCAGCUGGUACCCUGUGCUGAGGAGGCAUUCUACAGAUUAGCCAAAACCAAGGGCCGUGGAGGAGUGCCUCCGCCACCCGCAGGAGUACCAAGAGGGGCACCAGCACCAAGAGGAGUGCCUCCCAGUAGAGGACCAGUGAGUCGCAGCCGUGGGCUUUUGGCACCCCGCACAAGAGGAGUACCUCCACCUGCAGGCUAUCGGCCCCUUCCACCACCGCCAGCACAGGAGACUUACGGGGAAUACGAGUAUGAUGAUGGUUACGGAACUGCUUACGAUGAACAGAGUUAUGAUUCCUAUGAUAACAGCUAUAGUGCUCAAGCACAAAGUGGAGCAGAUUACUAUGACUAUGGGCAUGGACUGAGUGAAGAAACAUAUGACUCUUAUGGGCAAGAAGAAUGGACCAACUCGAGACACAAGGCACCUUCAGCAAGGACAACAAAAGGAGUCUUCAGAGACCAGCCAUAUGCCAGAUACUGAUUGUACUGUCUGAUGUUGUGAAAUAUCCAAUCUCCACCAGUCCUGUAUACUGUUCAAAGUAAUUUUUUCUAUGAACAAUCCCUUUUUAUUAAAUCAAAGUACUUAAAAAUCUGAAUGGAUGGACUGAACUUAAAAUGUUGUUGAAAGAACAACCUGGACAGAAAGAUAUGUAAAACAAGGAAUUUUGUUAUUUUCAAACUGUAUUUGAAAAAUAGGCAAUCAAAAAAUAACCUUUGAUUAACUAGUGUUAAAAACUAGGUUUACUAAAUAUGUUAGUCCGUUCUUUUAACAUAAGC